AUGGAUAAUAAAGCCAGAUUCAUGGAAAAUAUGAUAACAGUCAGGUAUAAGCCAUGCGACGACUUCUUCAAAUAUGCCGGAGGUAACAAAACCAAAACAGACAUUGAAGACACUGAAAAAGCUCUUAUUCUACAAAUGUUUAACGAUGACAGUUUGUUUAAAAAAGUAAGAAAUUUUAAUUUAAAUUCUUUUUUUAAUAACCUUUUUUUUAAUUAAGAAUGUAAUUUAAGCCUAAGAAAUGCCCUUUAAACCUAAUUUUAGUCAAAAACUUUAAAAGCCGUUCGAAAAAUCUUCAAAGAUUGCAUAGAUGGUAAGAUAAAACAGAACGAGUUUACCAUGAUGGAAAUGGCACAAUUCGCAUUUGACCACAUCGGCGAUAUGAAAUUUCCAAUUACAUCAUCACACGAAGUUGUUGAAGACGAAACUAUAUAUAUAGAGGCUCUUGAACGAGUUUACAACACUUUGUUUUUAAGAGGAUCAUUUUUGUUCGAUGAAACUGAACGGCUGAUAUCUAGUGGUUACUUUUCUUUUACCAUACCUACAUUGAAUUUUGCUUUUGAUAGGAAGACAAUGUGGUAAACCAAAAUAUUAUUUUAUUAUAGAGAAAAAAGCAUAGAUAGUGGUAAAAUUUUCUACUAUGUUAACAAAAAAUAUUUUGUAGGGAGACAUACUGCACUAUAGCGGACUGUGAUCAAACUGUAGCACCGCCAGAAAACCGGUACAAAUUUAAAUACGACAACCCAUACACAGAAAAAGAAAAUCAACAUUUUGUCGAUAAAGUCUUUGGCGAAAAAAUUGACAUUAAAGAUAUGAAAUUCAGGAUGCCUACAUAUUCAGAUAAAGACGAGUUUGUUGUAAGUUUUUUAUUGCUGUAACAAAAAUGUUAAAGUUUGAUUGAUCCGUUAUUAAUAUUUUGUAGUUUAAAAAAAAACUAUUGUUUACCGCUUUAGAAAGAAGGUCGGGCAGCCCUCCUUAACGAACUUCUCGGGUCCAUCUUAUUUGAUGAAGGUUAUGUCUUCAACAAUUGUGCUGUAUAUAUGUCAGACAAUUUCCCGAUCGCCCUUAACAAACUGGCCAUUGACACUUUGAAAAAAGACAGAGAAAAUUACAAAAAGUUCAAAAAACAAUUCUUCACUUAUGCCGAUUUAAUUAUGCACGAAGCAAACGUUACUAUUAGUACUAGUACUGAAAUUCUGGAUGAACAUAAGGAAGAUUUAAUAGCUAACUUAGAGAAAAACAAAUUUGCAUUUUUUGAACAAAGUUUGUAUAAAGAUGACAUUUUUGACGAAGUGAAUGGAAAAUUGGAACUGACACAUCCAAGACACUCAAGGUUAUAUAACAACUUGAGAGUCUUACUGAAGUACGACGCUGAAAAAGAACACCAUACUCAUCGACUUAUUCCUAGCAUGACUCAGGUAAGGAUUGAAUUACGUUUCAAAUUUAAUUUGUCGUUUAUACAAGUAGAUUCUUUGGCUUUACACAAACUAAAAAAUAACUUUUAGAACCAAGCUAGUCAUGCAAAUCUAGUCCAGACAAACUUCUUCCAUUGGGGACCAUUUUUAUAUCCAAUGUACGACCCAUCGUUUCCUCAUAUACUAGGUUUUUCAUCUAUCGGUUUUGUCAUGGCACACGAAAUGGCUCAUACAUACGGUAAAACUUUUAAAAACAGAUUUUGUCAUGAAAAGCAUUUUUCAGCAUUUGCAUCUAGGGUUUAUCCUGAAUUUGAAGAAAACAGACAAUGUUUGCUCUCAUUCUACAGUAACCAGUGCAGUGAAGAUAAAAAGGUAUGCAUAGACCCGGAACUGACAUAUGUCGAAAACGUCGCUGAUCAACUAGGUAACAAUUUUUUAAGUAAUAAUAAUUUAUAUUUAAUAUUAAAAUUGUUUUUGCAUAUUAAAUUUUUUAAAAGUUUAUUUAUAAAUAACAUUUUUUAAAAGCUCAAUGUGUUCUAAAAAUUUUUAGGAUUCAUUUGGGCCUAUUCAGCGUACAAACGAAUGGAAUCAGUUCAAGAUGUUGGAAAGCGGCCAAGGGGCAAAAAGCUGAACAAAUUGUCAAAUGACAAAAUGUUUUUCCUUAAUUAUGCGCAGAUUAUGCAUUUCUAUCAAAACUGGGAAGAUUAUGAUGACAAAAAACCACAUUCUCCAAGUUCUGUUAGAGCAUGGGGACCUUUGGCUAAUUUACCAGCUUUUACCAACGAAUUCAAAUGUCCCAAAGAAUCAAAAUACAACCCAAAAAAGAAAUGUCCCAUGUUUGUGGCCCAAACUAUGGUCAACGGUGAUCUUGGCAAUGACAAAUUUUUAUAUUACAAAUGAAGUUGAAAUAAAUUUAGAUGCAGUUUACAGAUAACGCAAAUUUGACAAAAAUAGCUUUUUUGACACCAAAAUGUAGUCAAGUUAUAACUCUUAUGUUAUAAUUUUUUUUGUAAUUGUGAAGUGAAAUUUUCUAUGUGUUUUUAAUUUUACUUACCGGUCGACUUUUUGGAAGAUGAGCGCAGGUAAUACCAUAUUUAACAGAUUUUUAAACUUAUAUUUUUGUUAAUAAUAUUGUUUUUUAACUACUUAAGUUUUUUAUAAUAAAUUUUUAAAAAAGUUCCAGAUCCUAAAGGAAGCAAAGAAGGCAAAAGCAGCAAAGAUGGUGAAGGUGGUGCAGAUGGUGAAGAAGAAAAACAAGAAGUUGUUGUUGUUGAAGUUGAGAAACCAAGUCCUCCGAUAAUUUCUACUGAUUCUGAACGACGUCGCUUCAUCAUGAAAACGUCUGGACUGAUUUUGGCUAUGGUAAUAAAGGUUUACUAUGAUAUUUUUUAUUUUUAAAAUUAAAAAAAAAUUUUGUUUUAAGUUAUAGUAAAAAAAUAUUAUUCCAAAAAACAAUUAACUUUUUAUAGUUAGUAAUUGCCACAUGUUUGUUGAUGUUGCCAUUUAUAUUCCAAUCGCUGAGACUUUUUUUAAUCAAACAUUGGUACAUUGCACUCAUCGUUUCAAUCUUCUACCUUUGUUUCACAAUUACCGUGGCGUGUUUUUGCCAUUCUUGUUUGAUGCGAAGCCCUGUCAACUACUUUAUAUUGGUUGCGUAUGUAAGUUUAAAAUGUUAAUUUUUGAGAAAGUGGUGAUAUGCAUGUUAAUUUUUUGAUUUUAGGCAUUUAUAACGGGACUGUUUCUGAUGUGUAUAUGUGCUACAUAUAGCAUUUUUGCUAUACUUGUUGCUAUGGUUGCUACAGUUGCGUGUGUGCUGGCUACCCUGAUUUUUGCAGCUACGUGUAACAAAGAUUUGACUAGGUAAGUGUGUUUUUCGUCUUAAUUUUUUAGUUCACAACGCGUUGCAACGAUUAACUGUGUUUUCACAAAUACCUAAUGUUUUAGCAUGUGGUUUGCCUGCUUCAUAAUUGGUAUUGUGCUGCUUGUAACGUGCUUUGGUGCUGGUAUCAUUUGCAUUUUUGUACCUCCGACUGUCGCGUUUUGGAUCAGUAUCAUCAUUUCCAUGGCGUUUGUAUUGUACUACAUGUUCCAUAUGACCAUUACGAUUCAGUCGAUUAUUGGUGGCAAGAACCGAAAAAUCGUCUUCAGUGAACAAGCGUACGCUGUAGCGGCUCUACUGAUUUUCGUUGAUAUUAUCGGCCUUUUCUUGAACUUACUGAAUCUCGCGAACUUGAUACGAUAA